UUAGUCAAAACAGCGAAUGCUUCUAAGCUGAUUGGUACCACUUCGUGGAAGGAGCAGUUUGUGGAUGCUUUAACCGUUUCAGGGAUUGAUGAAGAUGAAGAUAUCGAAGAGAAAGUCGGGCCCAGCCGAGGCGAAUACUUCAUGCAUUUCAUUUCAAUAUUCUGGAAAAUUUGUUUUGCGGUAAUUCCGCCAGCAAAGCUGCAUGAUGGAUAUCCGUGUUUCUUUGUUUCAAUAAUUCUAAUAGCGAUAUGCACAGCUGUGCUCGGCGAUGUCUCAUCGCAUUUCGGUUGUACGUUGGGUGUACUCGAUUCGGUCACAGCUAUAUGCUUUGUAGCGCUCGGUACCAGUUUGCCAGAUACGUUCGCGAGUAAAGUAGCCGCUGUGCAUGACAAGACGGCUGACAAUGCUAUUGGUAAUGUGACAGGUAGCAAUGCAGUAAAUGUUUUUCUUGGAAUCGGUAUAGCUUGGUCUAUGGCAGCUAUUUAUCAUGCUUUCCAUGGAAAUCAAUUCAUUGUACCUAUCGGAUC